GCCGUGAUAGCCGUGUUCCGCUGCUGUGGCUACUGCUGCAUGUCAGUGGAAGCACAUUGAAUGGACGUCAGUGUAGCAGACUGUGGCCAAUAUUUGUUCCCCGUCAAGUCGUUUGACGGUAUUUUGUGUGAGUCCCUGCUGAGACUGGAUCAGCAGACAUAACAUCACAAUUGGGCUCGAGUUCACCUGAAGAUAUUAGCCGAAAGGAACGGAGCGGGCUGUGUGCGUGUGUGUGGCAAUGCAGCGGGUCGUGGCUCAGCUCGUCGCCGGGCUGCUGGCAGCGGUGCUGCUGGUGGAGCAGUCUCUGGCGGACGGCGGCGGCCCCAGCCUCGCGGAGCGGGUCAUCUGGGCUGUGAACGCCGGCGGGGACUCGCAUGUUGACGUGCACGGCAUCCACUUCAAGAAGGAUCCGCUGGAGGGGAAAGUUGGUAAAGCCUCAGAUUACGGGGUGCGUCUUCCCAUCUUGCGGUCAAGUCCAGAAGAUCAAAUUUUGUACCAAACGGAGAGGUACAAUGAGGACACUUUUGGAUAUGAGGUUCCUAUUCGCGAGGAAGGGGACUAUAUAUUAGUGAUGAAGUAUGCUGAGGUGUACUUUGCUCAGUCACAGCAAAAGGUGUUUGACGUUCGCCUAAAUGGUCACAUCGUGGUGAAAGACCUGGAUAUCUUCGAGCGCGUGGGUCACAGCACAGCUCACGACGAAUUUGUUUCCUUCACCAUUCGUCGUGGCAAGUUGAGUGUUCAAGGAGAGGUCUCUACCUUCAACGGCAAGCUCACUGUUGAGUUUGUAAAGGGUUACUAUGACAACCCCAAAGUGUGCGCCCUCUACGUCAUGAAAGGAACAUUAGAUGACGUCCCCAAGCUUCAACCUCACCCAGGACUGGACCCGCAAGCAGAAGAGGAGGAGGAAGAGGAGGAGCCUGAGGCGGGCGAGGAAGGCGCCAAGAAGAAACUUCCUCCUGGCUCCAAAACCAGAGUCCAGUCAGGUCCCCGAACACCCAACCCAUACGCUGCCGACAACAGCAGCCUCAUGUUCCCCAUCCUGGUGGCUUUUGGGGUCUUUAUCCCGACGCUGUUCUGCCUGUGUCGGCUGUGAGUCCGCUCUGAAGGACCAGACAAUGAAGAAGGGGGCGGCUGGGGAAGGGGCUGGGGGUGAACACAGAGACAGCAGGAAGAGCUGGAGUCUCGGAGAGCACCUCUUCGUUGGAGGACAAAAAAACGAGGAUGACUUUUUGGAAAAGCUGCUGCAGCAGGACGAAGCUUCUGUCGCCGUCACAUUGUAUCAUGGAGGAGGGAAAACCAGGUGAUUCUUCUCCACCUCUGCGGAGAACUUUGACCGAGAUCAGUCCUCUCCAACUCUGAGAUUCAAGAGGACGGAGGAGCUGAGUCAGCAGCGGACUGAUGCUCAGGAGUUUUUCUUUCGGCUCGCGCUUGGAGGUGAACCCGCUGCUUGAACAUGUUCAGAUCUCUGCCAUUCACGUGUGUAGACUUUCUCAAUGUCGUCUCUCCACCUCAGAGGUCGGUCCUGCUUCUGUGUGCCAUCCUUCUCCACCUGUCCGUCACCAAAAAAACUAAGUUGCACGAUGAACCUUUCCGGUUCACCAUUGGAUCAGAUCAGUUUCUCUGCUCCGCCUCACAGGAAGUCACCGUUUUUUUUUCGCCCCACUUCUCACCGUGACCUUUGCCUUCCUCUGUUCACUCGUGCUUGUCUGCCUUUAUGUUCCACCAAAGAUGUAUUGGAUUUAGUUUCAAUGAUUUGCUUUUCCACGGACGUAAAUAAGGGGGAGGCUUUGUUUUUUGGUGUUUCUCUUGCGUCGUCUGGUGACCUCGGCGUCCAGUGCCAUUUACACGUUGCCGCUCCAAAAUCACAACCUCAAGUGAGAAAGCACAAGAAAAACAAGUUUACUAGAUGUUGACCACAACAUCGACCCACUUCCUCGACUGGACGUGUUGAGCCGCCACCCAUCGUCCCUCACACUUGUCUCCGCUGUGCCUGGUUGUAUUUUUUCUGAUUUACGAAGCAACAUUUUGAUUAAUGUUGGGAGUGUUUCUGAUGCUGAAGCAAGUGAGUAAUAAGCGUAUGCGACUCACAGGAGUCGAUUUAGUCGGACUUUUGAAUCUGCACAUGAGCAGCUAUACCUUGGUUUUAUGCCUCACGGCGUCUGGUGCCAACUUCCUCAUACUUCGCUGUUUAAAUGUGACUUUGUUGUCGUGGGGUUUGAUGCUUUGGUGCGGUCCAAAAUGGCUCCGACGCUCCGCUUCACUCUCAUCUGGGCUCGGUCCAUGUCUCAACAACCCACAGUUGCAAGUGACGCUCACCAGCUGUGGGUCUCCCAGCAAGGCCUUCUGCUCCAUGCCGAGUCAGUCACGGGUGGCAACUCAAAACCUGGUCCCGUGAAAGUCAUGAAAAAAUGUUAUUUAUUUUUAACUUAUUUCUCUUCUGGAAGUGCUGUGACUCAAAGCUGCUGUGGGUUGUUGCCGUGGGCCCAGUUGAUGGUGAGAAAUCGGAGCUUCAGUGAAGAAUAGGACUUGGUCACUGAUGGGUGGCGCUACUCUGAAGGUCCUGGGCGUGUGCGACGAAACUGUCCCCCCCUCCUCACCCCCUCCGCUCUUUCACCCAUAAAAAGGCAGCUUUGUUGGGGAUUGUGUUGCGACACCUUUUGUUGUGGCGUCCCGUUACCUCCCUCAAGUGUUCGGCUCCGGUGUCCGAUCACUUAGCUCACAUCACUGAUGUGUCUUCAGUAACCCCCACACCCUGUUGCUGCAGUGCUGGAAGAAGCUCCUCCUCGUGUCCAUGUCUCGGAAACGACACCUUCUUUUUACGGGAAUAAAAGAAGCACCAAAGUCCCACGACCUCCGCGGUGGCACGUGUAUAUGAUGGCAUCCCUUCUGUGCGUCCGAGGUGUCGCUCCUGUCCUUGUCCUCAAAGACUUCAGUGGCCUUUCUUCUCGGGAGGGUUUCUUCAAAAGAGAAAAGUGAUUUACGAGUCUAUGAUUUAAUUUAAUUUCCAAGCGGGGCUGAGCUGAAGGUGUUUUAUUGGACGCUUGGGUUGCUUUUCCUCAGGAUCCGCCUUUUGAGUUGUGAUAUUUUAUUGGUGUGACAUUUUGCACUGCCUUUUACGAAUCAUGUCUUUUUUCUGUGUUCUGUCUUUGUUGCCUUGAAAUCAUUGUGCUUUACCAUCGUUCGCCUUUUUUUUCUCUCUCUUUCUCUCUGCUGUCAUUAAAGUCUUCUGUCCUUUUUGAAUCAUCCGACAUUUUGCGUGUUUUAUUUUCCCGCCACUAGCUUGACUGAUUUGAUGCUCAUCACCAGCCGCUCUUGGCAGCAAGUCUCUCGCUGGGAUGGCGAGCGAAAGAACCAAAGAAGUACCAGCAAGUUCCCAACAGCAGCCUCGCUCAUGGCGACAGAUGAAAACCAAGUCAGGGGAGGAGGUUUCUUGUUGCAAACCCACCCAACCGUCUUUUCCAUCACGAAACCUGCUCCUUUUGUUUUACGUGCGUCUACGAUUAAAGCGUUUGUUCUUCACCAGGCAGAUUUAUUUAAACCACACCGCCUCGGCCGACGUCUCCGACCACACAGACUCCUGAAGGGACUCGGUUGUGUCGAAUGAACCCCCCCGACCCCUUUCUCUGGGGGGUUUGGACAGCAGCUGGUGGACUGAGGAAAACCUGCUGACCUCAUUCAGAUGUGGUGAAGAUGAUAUGGCUGUCUCUUUUUCAAUAAAUGUGCUAU